UUGGGAAUUAGGCGGCAGAGCGCCUGCUACUGUCUCCAGGCUGGGGCUCCAGGUGUGGGGACUGAAUACUGAUGUUUCGCAGCCCUCCUUUGCGUUUCUGAUGAAGAACAAUCGGUAGUAUAUGUUCCAGGAAUUUCUACAGAAGGAAAUAUCAGAUCAAGACACAAAUUGAUGAGUCCAAAAGCUAAUGUUAAACUUAAGACUUCCAGAGUGACUGGUGCUUCAUUCUCCAUGGAGUCUUUAAAAGGUGCAGGAGAUUCCGUAAAUGAACAGAAUUUCUGCAAGGAAGAAAUAAAGAGUGCAUCGUUGAAGGAUUUAUGUCUUGAAGACAAAAGACGCAUUGCAAAUUUAAUUAAAGAACUGGCCAGAGUAAGCGAGGAAAAGGAAGUGACCGAAGAACGACUCAAAGCUGAGCAGGAGUCAUUUGAGAAGAAGGUCAGGCAGUUGGAAGAACAGAAUGAACUGAUCAUCAAAGAAAGGGAAGCUCUUCAGCUACAGUAUAGAGAAUGCCAAGAACUUCUAAGCCUCUAUCAGAAAUAUCUAUCAGAACAGCAAGAGAAGCUCACCAUGUCUCUCUCAGAACUUGAUGCUGCUAGAAUGCAGGAACAAAAGGUAUUCAAUAGGAAGAGCACUCUCCAGUCUUCGUCUAUGGAGCUGGAUGGUUCCUACUUGAGUGUAGCCAAAUCACAAACCUACUGUCAAAGCAAGCAAAAGCCUAAGUCUGCAAACCAGAAUUCAGCUUCCGAAUCCAUUGUGGAGUUCAGGAAUAAUUCUUUGAAACCAUCAGCCCUUCAUUAUCCCAAAGAGGAACCAGACAAGGUGCCGUCAGAGACCAGAACAUGUGAUUAUGGGUCCCCAGGGGAAAAACUAGCAGAUGCAGUCCCUAUAGAGAAAAUUCCUUCAGAGGCAUUGAAGAUGAAGGAAUGCCAGCACCUUAAGCCUACUCCGUCUAGACUGUGUUGUGGUCAUAGACUUUCUGAAAAUGCAGAUCAUGUUCCCAUUGGCCAUCCUAUAGACAUGGCCCCUCAAUAUUCCAAGACAUUCCUGGAAUCAUGCCAUUAUUGUGGGCGUUCCUGGGCAUCUCUGAUGCAUGGCCAAGGGAUACUGCAGCCCAGUGAAACUGACUUCAAAAAGCAGCUUUCAGAAGAUCGAAGACAGCAACUUAUGCUUCAAAAAAUGGAGCUGGAAAUUGAAAAGGAGCGCCUUCAGCAUCUGCUGGCCCAGCAGGAGACAAAGCUUCUCCUAAAACAGCAGCAGCUUCAUCAGUCUCGCCUAGACUACGAUUGGUUAAGAACUCAAGCUAUAUUUAAGUCAAAAGAACUGGUUGCUGAUAAAGAGCUUACCAAGCCCCGAGAGCUCAACCUGGAUAUGAAUGGGAGUGACUCUGGACCAAGUUUGUUGAAGUCAGCAUGUGAUGGUUGGCUGCUUGGAACAUCAUCAUCCAUCAAAAAGCACCAAGAGUCCACUAACAGUGGAGAGAAUAGAAGGGAGAAGAAGACAGUUGGGUUUCAGUCACCUGUGGAAGAUGAUGCCCUGUGGACAUGUCAAAAGAAAAAUACAUAUCAACCCCAAAGAGGGACAAUGACAGGAGUUAGAAAAGAUGCGUCCACAUCUCCUAUGACAACAGAAACCCAAAAGGAGCUUGUAAGCACAACCACGGUGUCAUUCCAACCCGACACCUCCCGGUAUGAGACAUCUCUGUUGGAUUUGGUUCAAUCUCUGAGCCCAAAGUCUGCUUGUAAACCUCAGCCUCAUCUCUCCAGAGAGGCCGGGACAUGGAGUCACAGUACUUGCCGACUCAGUUCUCUAAAAUCAGCCCGGAAGAAGAUGGGGGCAGGCAGGAGCCCUGAAGACCUGGAGGAGAAUCAGAUUCUGGAAGAUAUCUUUUUCAUUUGACACCAAAGCACUUGAUGCAGAAUUUCCAUCAGAACUUUGUGGGUUUAUUAAUAUACUGAUCUAGGAUUUUAAAUUUUUAACUGCAAGUAAUUGUGUCUCUCCUUUCACAUGACCCUAUCUCACUAGCAUUUUGUUAUGUAUUGAAUAUAGAAAUCAUCCUGACAACCCAGGGUGUUUUUGAUCAGACCAAUCAGAUAACAUAUUAAGGGGGGACAGGGGUGGAGGGCUGUAUCUUUUCUAUGCCAGGCAGAGAUGAGAAAAUCAACAUGGACACUUUCUGCAUGGCAGAGGCCAUUGCAUAUUCAGCCUCAUUUCAAGAAUGUUUCCUUCUCAGUAUUUUGCUGGAAAAGGUUGGCUCUCUUUUGUACACAAGGAAAACUUAUCUACUGAAAGAUCCCUCCACUUGAAAAGUAGCCCCUUGUAAAAUGAGCAAUUUCAGAAAGACAGACCUUUUUACCUCUACACCCUAUUCUCAUCACCUAGGUCCAUCUAAACAUAGUCAUUUAAUUCUGAAGUUGGAUUUGGUGCCCCGUCAUCACAAGCAACACUGAAGGCCAAGUGUGAGUUAGGCUCAGUGGUCAUCAGCCUGGCAGCUGCUCACCCCAUAACCAAAAGGGCUCAGUGGGCUAGAGGGAGGGACCCACCCCACCCUUGGAAACCAGCAUUAAAUCACACAAGAGAGGGACCUGCACUAGUGCAGGGAGAAGCCCGAAACACUUUUUGUACCGUCCACCAAUUUCCCUGGAUAAAGAAGAGUAAUCUCAGUAUUUUUUGUUGACCUAAGUAUCCAUUUUAUUCAUCCUUGUGAACUUCCUUCCCAUGGUUGUGUCUGUAGAAGAUGCCACUAGAGGGGCAGUGGCCUCAGCUCCUGCAGGCUGAUAGGCUUUCUCUGGCCCUCCUUCUCUUCCCAUGAGAAUCCAAGGCCCUGGGUUGACCAGGCCUUGCAUGUGUUCUUCCCAGGGCUACUGUCCCAUGCCUCUAAAGAGCCAUCUCUACUUGCCUGAUUAUGCUCCAUUACCCCAAGCAGAGCCUCCCCCAUUUGACCCCGGGAGAGCCUGUGGAAGAGGUACACUUGAGGUCACUCUCUCUGUGUCCUCCUGUCCAGCAGAGCUCUUGAGUCCCAUCCUUCAGCUUACAAUGGCUCUAGUGGCCUCUCAGGCUGCUGGGCUGUGUGAUAACCUCACAGAGCCAGGGAGUUGAAUACUUUCCAGUCAUUGGAGCAAGGGGAAGAUGUGUCUCCCAAUGUGUAUUAGUGAAUGACUAUUUGAUCUGGAUGGUGUUGCUUUUUCUCUCCCUUUCACCAACCCCAGGCUUGAAGUAGGACCAAGACUCUGUCAUUCAGCAUUGGUAGCCAAAGUCAGACCACCCAGGGCAGCCUGCACUUAAUAAGGCUGCAUGGCUUCCCUGAAUUCUUUAUCUAAGCUAGAUGAUUUCAGCCAAAAAGCCUUGUUGAGCAGCUUCCCUGUCUGGAUAGACCUAAAUCUCAUUGUCCUUCAGGCUGAGGCCCUGUCACCUCUACCCAGCCUUCCUCCACUUGGGUCUUUUGUUCUUUGGAGGAGAGGAGAUUGGAGCCUCCCAAUACCAUAUCCUCAAUCCAAGGUAAAUACAAGGUCAGGACCAACUAGUUGUGGUGAUUCACUUGAAAAGUCGAAAAAUCAUUGCAGAUUACAAUAAACUUUAAAGUUCACCCCUUUGAAAGUCACUGAGUCAGUUUCAUCCCCUUUCAGAAAGCUUUUGGAAAAUGAAUUUUUCUUUGGUGCAGCAAAAAUGAGUGGCCACCUUCUCAGUUAAAUUGAGGUUUCCAGAACCAUAUUUUUCUUGCUCCAUGUGUCAUGACCACCUUAGGUACACCCAGCUCCCUGGGAUCAUCCAGACCACACUCUUCCAUUCUGGACACCAGUGUCCUUACUGCCCUCCAGGGUAAGAGGAUUCCAGAAAGACAGAAAAGAACUGUGAUUCCUUUAAGAAGCUUGUUUGCCUUUGGAAGAAUCAUAAGUGCAAUCUAAACUAAAGGCUUUUGGGGGUCACAUGCCACAGAAUGGAGUUUGUUUCUUUACCUCCCCUGAAUGAGUGAUUUGGAAGAGCAAAGAUGGGUUUUCAGCAGAGCAUCAAUCAACAUUUUCAAAUGCCACAUUCCCCCACCAUUUGCCUUUAUCCUGUAGGCAUUUCCUGGAUGUCAAUAGGAUGUGAAUGCAUAUCUAACCUAAUAUUUUCAUUAUGCAUUGAACAGUAUAUGUUAACAUUUUAGUUUGUGUCAUAUAUACAUAUGUAUAUAUAUGUGUAUGUGUUUGUGUGUGUGUGUGUGUGUGUGCAUGCCUGGAGGCUUAACCUAACUGCAGACUAACCUACCGAGAGACGGUCUGGCACAUAGGAAUCUGCCUUUCCUUUCUGUGAAGUGACUGGUUGGGAUUUGCUUGCACAGCCUCCAGCCACUUCCCCAAAACAUGACUGGACAUAUAUUGGAGGUGCAGCAGGUAGUGCUACAACAUUACCCCCUGCUGCCCACCAUUUGUCGAGAGAAAAACCAAUCAGUGUUUGCAAAAUGGAAAAAGACAAAGUGUCCAUUGAAGCUCCCUAAGUAGUGCCCAAAGUGCUUGAUUUACAAAACCAGGGCUAAUCAAGGGAAAGCUUUUGUCAGCAGUCGCCCUUCCAGGAGGCACACUGGUGUUUUCCCAAACUUCACCCCGGCUAUCACGGGGAGGGAGAGACUCUCCUCCUUCAGAACCACUCUUUUCACUUGGCCACUUCCAGCACCAUGGCUCAGGAAAGAUUUGCUGGUCAGACUCUGAGGAGGGCAUAGGCCUAAAGGAGCAGAGCCGGGUGAAGUCCACAGUCACGGGAACUGGAGGCUGUGGCACACUCUUCCCAGCUCACACUUUAUCCCCACCUCAGAGUGCAUUUUUAAUGUGGGCAACUGUUUAUAUAUGUGUGAGCUUUUAAGUUAAUAAGUUACCUUCAUGGCUAUUUUCCGCAUGUGGUUUGGAUAUUGAAUUGUCCCUUGAAUAUCCCUCAUCAGAUCAGUGGAGACAGCUUGAACAUGAGAGCCGAACCCCACAUCAUCCAAAUGUUAUUUCCCUUAGUACUUGUUAAAACAACGGGAGCUGUGGUCCACUGAAAGAAAGGAAAUAGUUUGCCACAUGCUAAUAAGUUCUCCUGGUCAACUCCAGCUCAUUCCUGUCACAUGGACACCGAGCCUCUUCUAGGUGUGGUUGCUAGCAUGGUGGUUCCAUCUCUGCACACCUCUGAGUCCCUUUUAUGUACCUAUCCCCAAAACUGCACCAUGUCAACUCUCCCUUCUCUGCUCUGCUCUGCUUACACCUCACAACUGGCCAUGUCCCAAAGACACAGGGCUCUUUCCUGCCCGCGUGACCUUUCCAUGUCCCUCUCUUUCGGAUGAAUCUGCUUCUGUGUUUCCUGGUGUUCCCAAGCAUCAUUAGAGGUGCUCUUCUCUUGGCUGCAACAAUACUCUCGAGCCUCUGUUCCAGCCCACCUCACACUGCUGCGUUGCUCUGUGUACUGUUUUCCCUGUUAGGAUGCCAUGUAUCCGAAUAUAACACAUACUGACCUUGGAAUUGACCCAGCUUUACCAUCUGUGAACCCUCCACAUUUAGGCGCAUUACUUAUACCCUGGAAGCUCAGCUAUAAUAAUUUAUAAAAUUAUUUGUAAAAAUGGAGGUGAUAAUCCCUACCUUACAAGUUGGGUGCCCAUAAUGCUGACCUAACCCUGGAAACUAGCCCAGAGGAAAGCCAGAAUGGCAAAGCCCAAGUGUCCAUGAGAGUAGGCUAGGCAGGUGAGUGUCCAGGGAAGCCAGAGGGGACUUGGAGAGGGGGCUUCUUGGUACGUGGAGGAACCAGAAGCCCAGGAGGAAAGAGCAGUAUUGGAGUUUGUGAGAAAGUAGAAGGUUAGCUAGAAGACCAGCCCCCAUCUGAGAUCUGGGCAGGGCGUUGGCAGUGGCCUCUCCCUCCCCCUCGGUAGUCCACGACUGGGCGGCCUCUGCUGGUUCCUCACUAACACCACCACAGUAGCCUGACCCAACAGCCAGGAUGCCCAAGGCCCACCAUGCAUCCCUGUUCUGCGGGUAUAACCUGUGAUUUUCCCUCAUCCUUCCCUUCGCCAUACUUCAGCCCUUCAGGCUCUGAGGUGGGUUGGUCCAGUGCUGGGUGAAGGGGCUGGAGGAAGGGAAGGCUUGCUCCCCGGCCUCCUGUCUCUGCCAGCUGAGGUAGGAUGAACUUCACAGCCCAGUGUUCGACUUUCCCCCCAGCUGGAGGUGAUUUAAACUUGUUGGAUUUAUAUAACAUUGGGAAAUGGUAAACUGUGUAAAUUUGUCGUGUUUCCAGGGACAGUUAUUUAUGGAGGGGCAUUCUUAACUCAAGUACAGACGUGUUAAAUCAUUAUAAUAAAUUCAUGCUAUUCAGACUUUC